AUGCUUCGGCUAACGGGCCUCGUACCCCGCCUCAACCUCCCCGUCCCCGUGUCGCUCUUCGUCGUGUACGCCAUCUGCCUCACGCCGAUACUCGUGCUGCUCUACGUCGAACUUGCAAAGCGACAAGCUCGAGCCAACCCCAGAGGAUGUCGCCGGCUAGGACUGCAGAAUGUCUCGAAUAUCGCGGAUGAGCACGACUACGACCAGCAGGGCUUCCAUAAGCGGGCCACCAAUGGCGUGGGCGACAAGGAGAAAAAGAUCAAAAUCAAGGCACUGAUCACAUACCCAAUCAAGAGCUGCGCGGGGGUGGAAUUCAACUUCAUCGAUGCCGUCAACACGGGAUUCGCGUAUGAUCGCCAAUUCUGCUUUGCGGAAUUCAUUGAAAACAAGAAGAAGGCCGACGGCGAUGAGACAGGCGCCGCGAAUGGCCGCUGGGAUUGCCGGACGCUCAGGGACGGCAAGUUCAGCAAGAUGGCGCUCAUCCGAUCCGAAAUCUGGAUCCCAGAUCCCUCCUCGCCAGCAUUCUCUCCCAGGCUGCCUGAAGUUCAGUCUCAGGGUGUUCUAGUGAUCCGAUAUCCUCGCAUCACGGACAGCUUUUUCACCAACCUGGGGAUGAAACUGGGCCUCUGCGCCUCGGACGAAUCAUUCCAGGUACCACUUCACCCACCCAAAGACGGCUCAUACCCGUCCAUCCCCAUCCGCAUCUUCUCCGACACCCCCCACGCGUACAACUACGGCGCGCACGUACCGGCCUCGCUCUCCACGCUCCUGGGCAGCACCAAGCCGCUCUCGCUCUUCCGCUCGGACGCCAACUUCCCUCGACCGGUGCGCGGCAACGCGCCGCCGGCGGACGUGCUGGGGUUCAAGCCCACCAUGGGCUUCCCGGACGAGUACCCGCUGCAGCUGCAGAACAUCGCCAGCAUCCGCAACAUGGGCGAGCGCGUCAACUACGCCAUCCCGCGCUUCACCGUGCGCCGCUUCCGCCCGAAUAUCGUGCUCGAGGGCGCCGAGGCGUAUGCCGAAGACGACUGGAAGCGCAUCCGCGUGACGCCCGGCCGCGAGAGCCGGGUCUCGCUGGCGGGGGACAGGGGCGGCGAGCGGGAGAAAAGCGUGGAUAUGUUCGUGUCGUGCCACACGGUGCGCUGCCGGUUGCCCAAUGUCGACCCUGAAACGGGCGAGAGACAUGCGGUCGAGCCGGACAAGACGCUGAGAACGACGAGGGAUAUCGACGCUGGUGCAGUGGGCAAAGGGUGUCUGGGGAUGAUGCUGGUUCCUGUUUCCAAGAGUGAGUGGCUUUUCUUCAUUCGUUUUUUGUGCUGGAGAGUGGUCAUACUAACCUGGGGUGGUGCUCUAGAGUUUGUACUUCAUGUGGGCGAUGAGAUUGAGGUGUUAGAAAGAGGCGAGCAUAUUUACCUAGCUGCUUGA